AUGGAGUCGAUGCCCGGAAAUCUUCGAGACGCGGGACGAGACAGCAGCUCUUCCCCAAGUUUAAAGCAGGACGCGCAGAGCUUCUCCAGCCACAGCUCCCUCAAACCGAACCAAGUGAGUGAAACAUCCUUGUACGGAGUGCCCAUCGUUUCUCUGGUUAUAGACGGUAAGGAGAGACUCUGUCUGGCACAGAUUUCUAACACCCUGCUGAAAAACUAUAGCUACAACGAAAUCCACAACCGUCGGGUGGCUUUGGGCAUCACCUGCGUGCAGUGCACGCCCGUCCAACUGGAGCUCCUGCGGCGCGCCGGGGCUAUGCCCAUUUCAUCAAGGCGCUGCGGAAUGAUCACCAAACGGGAAGCCGAAAGGCUCUGCAAGUCCUUCCUUGGGGCGCAUUCUCCCCCAAAGCUGCCAGAAAAUUUUGCAUUUGACGUGUCUCAUGAAUGCGCCUGGGGCUGCAGAGGCAGCUUCAUACCCGCCAGAUACAACAGCUCCAGAGCCAAAUGUAUCAAAUGCAGCUUUUGCAGCAUGUAUUUCUCUCCAAAUAAAUUUAUUUUCCACUCCCAUCGCACACCAGAGGCAAAGUAUCUGCAGCCAGACGCGGCCAACUUCAAUUCGUGGAGAAGGCACCUGAAACUGACAGAGAAAAAACCAUCUGAGGAUAUUAACCACGCGUGGGAGGAUGUUAAGGCCAUGUUCAAUGGGGGGAGCAGAAAGAGGACUCUACCAAUGAGCGGAUCGGGAAUGUCCUCGUCGCUGAAAUCGCAGGCCUCAUCCAGUCUGGCUCAAACAAGUUCCCCCGAGAUCCCUCACAAAACUUUACGGUGCGACGAGGAUCAGGGGAGUAAUAACCUGAGUUUAGCGGGAGGACCGCGGAGCUAUCCAGUCAUCCCAGUGCCCAGCAAGAGCUUUGGCAUGCUUCAGAAAAUCCCCCCACCUCUGUUCCCUCACCAUCCUUAUGGUUUCCCCAGCUAUGGGCUGUGUCAGAAAAAGAACGACGGGAUGCCUGAAGCGAACAAAACCAAUGUCCCUGGAGUUUUUUGGCCAGGCGCAAAGGACACUCUCUACCCUGCUUUUCCCAUGUUUUGGCCAGCAGCUGGCGGCCUGCCCAUGCCGCCCUAUCCGGGCUCCCCACCAAAACCUCCUCCAGAGCUGCCGGGCAUUCGACAAACCGAGCUUGACUUGUCGGACCAAAGCGAUCGGGGCGCAAACACACCCAAAGACAUCAACCAGCACCCUCUUCAUCAGCGGGACGGCGACGAGCGCAGUACCAGCUCCCAGUCCUCCUCCACCAGGAAUGACGAGGACAAGUCCGGAGACGAGGCCUGCCAGAGGAAAAUUAGCUACAUUUCGGCCUUCAGACCCGUUGUCAAAGACGCUGAGAGCAUCGCCAAACUCUACGGCAACCGGGACAGUUAUGGUGCGCGCCCUGGCUACCUGUCCCCGGAUUUUAUCAGCGAAAGCUCUAGUUACAGAUCGAUAUCACCGGACAGGGACAGCGUGGUGGACGACGAAGACCCGGACGUGGAUGUAGAGUCCAACCGAGGGCCGGACGAAGAGGAGCCGAUUCGGAUCUCGCCAGGUGUAGAGAUCCGUGGCUCCCCUGUGCCGGACCGGGUCUCCCCUGGUGCUGAGGAGAGCCAAGAGCAGCCUGAUGCCUCCAGUCCAGGACCAGCCGCAGCAUCACCGGAGGAUGUUCACAGCAGGUCACCAGAGGAGGACAGAGAGAUGCGCAACGACUCCCCUCUUCUCGAGGUGUACACUCAUGAAAAGGACGACCACGUGCAUCUGAACGCCCCCUCUCCUUACGGGUCCAAACAAUCCAGCAGCCCCCGCAGAUCCAACGGUGUCCAUCGCGUAUCUGAAAUACAAAAUCAACGCAAUGCAACGUCCUAUCAGGAGCAAAAAGAUAGACAAGCCGAUGGAGCUCUGCGCAUUGACAUCAGUGUUCAUGAAAGAGAUCUGGAGAACAUGGCUAAAGAGGAGUUGCAGAAGCAGCUUGUUGAACAAGUGGAGCUGAGGAAGAAGUUGGAGAGAGAGUUUCAGCAUUUAAAAGAUAAUUUUCAGGAUCAAAUGAAGCGUGAGCUGUCCUACAGAGAGGAAAUGGUCCAGCAGCUGCAGAUUGUUCGAGACACUUUGUGCAGCGAGUUGGACCAAGAGAGAAAGGCUCGUUAUGCAAUACAGCAGAAGCUGAAAGAAGCUCAUGACGCCCUUCACCAUUUCUCCUGCAAGAUGCUCACCCCUCGUCAGUGCACAGGAGCCUGCACCUUCAAACCCCCGCUGCUGCCUCCGUAAUGCUCGCCACCAUCCUGCAUCUAACACAGCACAGCCAAAAGAAUAAAAGGAAAAGAAAAGAACAACAAAUAAAAAAAAUCACAAAGCUCUCGUCUCAAGAGCUCUCAUGUUCACCGGAUUCACCUGCUUUACAGAUACGCCACUGAUUCUAGCACUCGACUGGAGUAAAUAUGUUGACACUCAGAGGAGAAGGCUUUGACAGCAACCUAUCCUCAAGAGAACUAAACUCUUGUGUUAAACAGGCCAGGAUUCACUUAACAAAGAGAUGGAGUUUUUGUUGCUAAUCAGAGGAUUGCUGAUCUGAAGCUGCAAAGUUCAAACCAAGGAGUCUUACUGAAUCAAAGCUGUCUGCUCUUUAGCUAUUCUGAAAAGAAAAAAACCCAACACUAUAUACAUAAAUAGAUAUAUACCAUGUGACAAUGUGCAAUGGCUUGUAUAAUUGUGAUAUUAAUUUAAAAAUGUAUGUCAUCAUUUAGAUUUCUUGCUUCUUUUUACACAUAUUUGUUAUUUAUCUGUUUGGUUUAACUUAUUGUUUAGAUUGUUUGUAACACUGUGUAUGUUGUUGAGCACUUUAAAUGGGUAACAUCUCUGAAUUUGACCAUGGCGUCCUGUACCAAAUUUAUUUACCGAGAACAUCUUUGUGUUUUAAAUGCAGCACAUUUUAAUAAGCACUUACUUCAGCAGCCCUUCAGCUUUGACAUGAAACAAUAAAAUAUUUCCCUCUCACAGAAUUGUGUCAUACAAACUCUGAAGUUGAGUUUAACCCAGCUGUUUCUUUUUUCUUUAUAUUCUGUUGUUACACAGACAUCUGGGAGUAAUAGCGGACUAAACCAAAACUUUUUUCUGUCUUCUGAUAAUCUUUAACAAGAAGACCACCCUGUACUGAAUAUGUAUAAACUGCCUCUGUUACAACUGCAUCUCCUUUUCUCUCAGUUGUUGAAUUUGGUUUGUGGUUUAAGAAAAAGAAAAAACUCUUGGUUUCUGAUGCAAAUUCAACAUAAUUUUCUUAUUUAUGUAUGCACCCAUGUCAAAAUGAAUAAAACUGAGAGAUACC